CAGGUGGUACAACCAGGUGUCGCCACGUCCCACCUGUUCCUCAUUCAUUGUCUCACCUGUGGUGUACCAUUUUGGGCACUGUUUAUCAGAGUUCGAUCGCCUCUGUCCCAGUAUCCGCACGAAUUUGUAGUCUAGUUCCGCAGAACACGGCAUGGAUUUACAGCAGGUGUACCUGGCGGCUGUUGUGCUAGCUGCUCUUGCCUUAACGCUGGCUGAUGAGGAGGCUAAGAAGCUCUGGGAUCGGCUGGACCAUUUAGACCCUAACCAUGACGGGGUGGUGACGCAGGAAGAGUUGAAGAACUUUGCAUUCUGGGAAAGGACGAAAGACCUGCGGGAAGAUGCAGCGGAACAGUGGGAUACCCUAGAAGUGCCCCCCGGCGAGAAACUGACGUUUGGUCAUUACAAGGAGAAAAGUUACGGCGAAGACUUCAGCGAGGACGAUGACCUGGGUCCCUACGGCCGGACGGUGCAGCAGGACCACGCGCGCUUCAACGCAAGCGACCAGAACAAAGAUGGCGCCCUGGACAAGGAGGAGUUCCUGGCCUUCCUGUGGGCAGAGGAGUACCCACACAUGCAUGACAUCAUCACACUGGAAACCAUGGAAGAUCUUGACAAGAAUGGAGACGGGGCCAUCAGCUUCACCGAAUUCGCAGGCGAUGACGAGGGUGUGAUGGAGGACUCGGUAGACCACAUGGAGUUUAAGGAGUCCGACAAGAACCAAGACGGUCAGCUGAACCAUGCAGAGGUCAAGGAGUGGCUCCUCGGGCCGACCCUUAAGGAAGACGAUGAGAGAGUCGCGACCGUCUUGUCGAAGUUGGACAAGGACGAGGAUGGGAAGCUGACCCGGUCCGAAAUCGAGGCUGACCCGGAAGUAAUUGAGACCCUGAUGUACGAAGAAGAUGGCGGCGAAUAUCUUCACGACGAGUUUUGAGAUCUGUGGGAGCUCUUAUUAAACGAUUUUCUUUAUAUAUGACAUUAUGUCCUUUACAAUUCAGAGGCUUUGUUUAUAGUACUAUUAUAAUAGUUGGUCAACACCAAAGUAAUGUAUCAACGAUACAUAUUUCUAAGUUACUACUUUUAACUUAAGGAAGUCUAUUUCUUUAAGAUUUACGUAUUAGAUGAUCGGGAAGUAGGUUCUGAAUUAAGAAAAAGUCAGUUUGAAAAAAAAAACCUUGUCCUUUCAGCAGGCGAUUCUCCAAGAAGGUAAUUAAUUUAGAGUUGUUCUUUUUUCGAGAAGAAAACAUUUAGGUCCCUACCUGUCCUUUACUAGGAAUUUCUUGGAUGUUCAACAAAAGCAAUACAAUGGGGUCAACAGACAGCUACGUAGCUGAUAUCAUAUAAUUUCUUCUAGCACAAGCCACAAAGAUCGUUUAAUCGGUGUCAAAUAUUGUGAGAAGACUUUCAUUAAGAUAUCUGUAUAUUCAUUCAUUCUUCCGACCAUGAUUUCGUAUCUACUUUAAUUUUCUCUUUCAACUUUUGUCUGUUGUCCUUUCUUUCUGAUGAGAACCCCUACCAACACACAACCAUCCCCAUAUUACAUUCCCCCGAAAUUUACGCAUGAUUCAUUGAGACUGACACAACUUUCCCCGCAACAUGUGGGCUUUAUUCAGUACGGUGACGUCACUGAAGGAUGACUGUGUAAAACUGACCACGUGAUCACAUGGCUCAUUACAGACUUCAAAAUAAAGCCCAUUUAAUCCGGAAAUAGUAUCUCUCACCAUCAGUAAGAAAAGGAGUAAAUACACUUGCACCAAGAUGAAUAUUUCACUGCAACGUCGGUAUGAUACCGCUGUAUAUACCUGCUGAAUUUUAUGAGUAACAAUAAGAGGCAGGUUUCCGGGACACGUCAACAUACCCGCGAUCUCUCGCGAGAGUUUGUGAGAUUGGAAAGGAAGUGCAGGGCUGCUGUUAUCAUGUUCCCAUUUUUACUUCCAUGUCAGCAAAUUAUUGCGUUUGAAUGGACAUAAUUCGUACAUUUUACAGAUAAAAAUAUUACAAUUAUCUACGGUACAACUGAAAUUGAGCCAAAUUAUUUGUCCUGUCAUGUAAUAAACAUAGUUGUUUAGUGUUAUUAAAAACAUGCUUUUUUAGUGUAACUGAAAGGUUUUUCUUUAUUUUGUUAUUGUUCAUCAUUUGAAAUGUGAUAUCAAAUAAAACAGUUUUUAGGCCUGGGAAAUUUAA